AUGCCCUCAGAAUCUUUGGCCGAUGUCGACUGCAAAAUUAACGAGAUGCGUGAUCGUUUAAUGAACAUAAGCCAGUGCCUUCAGCGUGAUGAAGAAUUUGAUGCUGGGUUUGUGCCCGGCAGAUCACCUGAAGUUUAUCAACAGGAUGAAAGGAAUAGCAUCGUUUCACACGCAGCUGAUGAGGAACUCCCCCGUAAACGCCAGACUUCGAUUUCAUCAAGUGCGGAGCGCAUCUUUACGAAGGAAGAGAAACUAUCAGUGCUCCGUGAAGAAGCGGGUGAUGGUAACAUAAAGACACUUAACACUUCACGAAGGAAAGGGAGCACCACAGCACUCGUGGAGGAGGUAGAAAUGUGUGACUCGGGCAUAAAGGAGCAAGAGAGCAUCAAAACAACGUAUCAACUUGGAGCACCGUACACAAAAAAUAAUAACAUUAAUGGGGGUCCCCCACAAGCGGGAGUUUUACAAGCGGAAAGGCAGGUGCACGUGUCGUCGUCUCAACCCUUAACUCAUCUGGUAGGUGGCUCUUUUGACCCCCUCCAGGCAAUGGAGAUCCGUCUCCGUGAGAAGCUGCGCAAAAAGGUAUCAAGCAGUAAUCACCCUUCAGAUACUGUGGGAUCCGUCAACAACCUACCAGUGGAGCAACGAAAUAUCUCAAACAGUGCUGCAGAGAACAGCCCGCUGCAUGAGCCAUGGACUGCCACAGCAGAAACACCUAGUAACAAAACGCAAGGGCCAGUCAGGGAAAGUUCUGAGAAACAAUACAAACAGUAUGUGGACAAGGGUUGUGGUUCGUGUGCGUUAGACACAGAGUAUCUGUGCGCUGGGGAAGAUAAACGCCCUACAGUCCGCAGCAGUUCCGUUGUUACUGAAGUUUCUCGGCCUCUGGUUUCGCGUGGGUCAUGCCAACACCGAGUACAAGGCACAAACUUCAUGCGCCCCAUUUUCGCCCGCGCACCGCACUCUCCAGGUUCUCCUCGCGUUACCGAAAAGAGUGUUUCGUGUAAAAACACGAUUAGGGGAAACUCAGGACCUCGAGGAAGGACCCCAUCACAAGUCGGUGGCGACCCCGUCCGCCCUGUUUUGCCGCGCAAAACGGCUCCGCAGAGAACCGUCCUGGACAUUUUAACGGGAGCAGAGCUCUUUGCCCUUCUCAGACUCCGCGGCGUCAUUGUUUCUCGUGGUGAUACAGGGGAGUACCUACUACCAGAGGCCCGAUGUCAUUCUGUGUAUUUAUCACCCGAAGAACACCGCCAACUCUUGGACCUGCGCACUAAACUUAGAGCACAGUGUAGUCGGAACCCGGUGGAACCCAGAAUCCGGGGUUCACCCAUGCAGCAACGGGCCGAGUCGGGGCCUACACGAAGAACUGGUCAGAUGCAUAGAACUUCGGAACUGCAGUGCAAUCUGCGUCAGCGAUAG